UAGAUAAAAAAGAAAGCAAUAGGACCCGUACCCCGAGAGGUGAGUGAGUGGACUACCUGUGAUUAUAUCGAGUAACAAAAGGCACUAGAACAAAAAAGCAAAGAACAAAGAAGAAGAAGAAGAAAGAAGAAGAAAAAAAUGCCGAGGAGCAGAUUUUCAGCAUCAUUAGCUUCUCCAAAGGUGGAUUUGGUUAUUGAUAUGGGCAACCCACUUCUCAACCAAACUGUUGAUGCUUUCUUGAAAAUUGGCACUGUUGCUGUCACCAAAACUGCUGUUGAAGAAACUUAUCACAUUGUCAAAAAAGGCAGUGUGUCGAGUCACAACUUUGAGAAUUCGUUGAAGAAAAUGUGUAAAGAAGGUGCUUAUUGGGGGACUGUGGCUGGGGUAUAUGCUGGAAUGGAGUAUGGAGCAGAGAGGAUCCGUGGAACCAGAGAUUGGAAGAAUGCAAUGAUUGGGGGUGCAUUGACUGGGGCUCUCAUAUCUGCUGCAAGCAACAACAAUCGCGACAAGAUUGUGAUGGAUGCCAUUACAGGAGGUGCUGUUGCAACUGCUGCUGAGUUCCUUAAUUAUCUCACAUGAAUUCUUAGCAGCUACUAAGAACAUUGCUAAGCAUUUGCUCUAUUUCUAGAAUUGUAUCCAUUUGAAAGUACAAGCUUAUGACAGAUGAAACUUAGACUAUUUGACUAUGUUUAAGUGAAUCUAUAAAUUAGCCAUCUUUUUCAAUCA